UGAAAAAGUUAUUUAACGAACGCACCCAACUUCACUCAGUCUGAGUAAAGAAAUUGCGAGCACCGAAGCAAUAGUUUUCGUCUGCAUUAUCGUGUUUAUUAUUUGAUUUGCCUUGUGUUAUGUUUUUGAUUACGGUAAUCUAAUUUCUGAAAUAAUGCCUUAUCACUUUAGGAAGUUAAGCAAAAUUGCAAUGACUUUUUUAUGUAAUUGUGUUCAGUAAUAACUCGUGAUUUUGCGAUCUCUCGGCGUUUUAUAUAUGGAGAAAACAUGCCGAGAUAAUAUUAAUUAUCUGAUAGCAAUGGUUUUUGCGUAGUUAUGUCACAACACUUAAAACAAAUGAACUUUUCAUUCUGAUUUGAUUGCAUUUAUGUCUUAUUUCAUGCAAUACUUGAAAUUUUAUAAAUAAAUUAUUGAAAAAACUGAUCUUGUAAAGUUAUUUUGCAAAAGCAAAUUUUAAAUAAUCAUGAAGAUUUUUUUAGUUUCAUUAACUGUUUGUUUAAGUUUUCAUAUUUAUCAUUGUGAAAAUUUGCCUGAACUGAAAUUUUACAAAACCUAUGAUGUUGUGCAACUGGGACAAAGAAUUUUUGAAGAUUUACAAUCUUCAAAUACUUUAAGAAACAAUUCAGAGUUUUUAGAAGAUAUUCAUACUGCAGGACCGUUUGAAUUUGAUCCUAAGUUGCUGAAGGAUAUUUUCACAAAUGCAUCGUCUAGAUGUCUUCACGAUUUAGAGUAUUUUGUGGACAAUUUGAAUACCACAGAUUUUAGGAAGAUACUAAGUUCAUGGGCUUUUCAAAUGGUUGAUGCAUAUGGAAAGCCUGAAAGUGGCAUUGUUCUAGGUAAUUUCAAAUGGCUUGGUGACUUUGAUGAAUGCAAAAAAGUAUAUGUUCCGAAGGAAAACUCAAGUGAUGAGGGAGGGUUUUACGGAAAGUAUUGUGGUUUACAAAUACCUAUCGGUUCUCAGUUAGUUGCGCUGUCUAUGGGGCUGUGUGUGCCUGAUUCAUGUGGUGGUUUCGAUUUGAAGAAUGGUAUAAUGGAAUUUAUUCAUACCAUAAAGAUUCUUCCUUACAAGAAAAAAAUAGAAACAGUGAUGAAUUCCACAGCAAUAACUUGUCAUGCUAACUCAAGAGAACUCACAAAUGGAGCUAUAGCCACCAUAACCAUCUUAUCAUUUUUUACACUCCUGGCCAUAUUGGGUAGCUUCGUAACUGCUUAUAAAUAUCUCUCUACAUCAAGGAAGCGUAAGAGUUUUCUCCAUGAGAGUUCCAUAAGAAUAAAUUAUGAUAAGGAAAAUGAAGAUGAUUCAGAUGAAAUACUCCUCUUUACUGAAGGCGCAAAAACAAAGUUCAGUGUUUUCUUGGAAAAAGCUGAUUCAUUUCUCAAUUGCUUUUGUGUAUUUACAAAUGGAGCUAAACUUCUUAAUACUGAUGCUACUGAAGGUCAAAUGAUGUGCUUGCAUGGAAUCAGAUUUCUCAGCAUGAGUUGGGUUAUAUUGGCUCAUACAUAUGCUUUUAGUUUUGGUUCAGUAAGAGCUAUGAAAGUAGUAUUAGAUCGUAUUGAUAAUUUUCCUUUUGAAGUGAUACUUAAUGGUUUUUUUUCUGUGGAUUCCUUUUUCGUUCUUAGUGCCUUCUUGAUGUCAUAUUUAUAUCUGCAAGAAGCAGCUAAAAAAAAGGGCAAUUUAUCUUGGGCAUACUUUUAUAUUCAUCGAUAUUUAAGGCUAACUCCAGUUUACAUGUUGGUGAUUGCUUUUUAUACUACUAUUUAUCCAUAUUUGGGUUCUGGUCCUUUCUGGCCUGACUAUGAUGUUGAACCUCUUUGUCAGAAAAAUUGGUGGUGGAAUUUAUUAUAUAUAAACAAUUUCCAAAAAACUACUGAGGGGUGUCUUGGAUGGUCUUGGUAUUUAGCUAAUGAUAUGCAAUUCUUUGUUAUAAGUCCACUGUUUUUAAUUACCCUUUGGAGAUGGCCAACCAUUGGUUAUUCUCUUCUGACCACAGCUUUAUUUGGGUCUUGGGCUGCUUCGUUUAUAAUCACUUAUGAUUAUAAUUUGUUUUCUGGUUUUGGUGAUAUAGCUACCUCUAUAAUUCAGCCAGAUUUUAUGGAUAGGUGGACUGUGUAUUUUGAAAAAUUGUAUAUCAAACCAUACUCUAGAAUUGGCCCAUACCUUGUAGGAAUAGCAUUAGGUUAUAUAUUGUUCAAAAGAAAAAUCACCCCUACUAGAGAUAGUAAGAUAAUUCUUUUUGUUGGAUGGGUUGUUGCUACAUCUGUUGGAUUGACCUGUGUGUACAGCCUUUAUCACAAUACUACUGCUUUAGUGGCUACUAGUUUUUACAAUGCCCUCAGCCGUACAGCCUUUGGUCUUUGUCUAAGUUGGGUGAUUUAUGUUUGCCUUACUCAGCAAGCAGUUGUUGUGGAUAAGAUUUUAUCAUUUAAGCUGUUUGUUCCUUUGAGCCGUUUGACAUACUCUGCAUACCUUAUUCAUCCAAUGCUCAUAAUAGGAUAUUUUGGAUCAAUGAGAACCACUCUUGAUUUCUCACAUCAAACAAUGGUGAUUUUGUUUCUUGGAUUGCUGACAGUAACCUAUGCUUUUUCUCUGAUUGUUUCGUUACUUUUUGAAUCUCCAAUCAUCAGAUUAGAGAAAUUAAUUCGUUCAAAAUUCCAUUCAUGAGUAUGCUGUAUUCAAGGAUACAUUUUUUGCACAUUUGUUAUUAAGUGUAGACUAGUGUGAAUUAAAGAAAACUGCUCUAAGUGAAUCUAUAUAAUUAAUAACAUAUGGGAGAAAAAUAGCUUUAAAAGAUGUCUAUAGUUGAUUGUGUAUAGAUUUGUAUUUUAAAUUGUUUUAAAAUUGUGCCUUUAAGUUUUUUUUCAAAUUAUAAAUGCUUUUAUAAUUUUAAUUUAAAAAAAAUUCUGUGUGUCAAUUUAUUCAGAUAUAUAUUAUUGUUGAAAUAAUAAUUUAAAGUAGUACAAGUAGUAUAAAUUUCCCAGAAUUUUGUUGAAAUGAAACUGUUGACUUUGUAAAACAAUUAUGAGAACAGAAACUAGGACAUCAUAUCAUAAAUAAUUAGUAUUUAAAUUUUAUUUCGAAACAUUAAUUAUUAUGCUUCUAUUAUCGAGGCGAAUAUAUAUUUGAACUUGGAUUAAAUAUAAUAAUGGAAAACUUAAAACUUAGACAAAUUACAAGGAAACUAGCAAUGAAAAAUAAAAAUAAAUAAAUCGUAAAAUGAUUAAUUUUAAAAAGCAUUUGGCAAAAACAUUUUAUUGUAAAAAUUUUAUCACAAAAAAUAAAAUUUUAUUACUUAAUGAUGCUGGUCAUUUUGUUUUAGAAUUUUUUGAAACUUUAAGUGCCAUAUUUUCUUAGGAUUUUUGGAUAUUUUUGUUAAUAUUUUAUCCUACAUUUUAGUUUUAUGUACUUAAAAGCAGUUGCAUCAGUUAUAGUCCCUUUGGUUAACAUUUUACUAAAUUAUUUUCGAUUAUUAACUACGCGUAUCUCUACGCUUAAUUAUAAAAGUAUAUAUUUAUUGUUGACGUUUAAAAAUAUUACUUUGUUGCUUUACUUUGCAGCUUACAUUAUGGCAUAUUCUUUUCUUUGUAAAAUAGUAUUCUUAUAUAUCCUUUUAUGUAUACAGAUUUUUUGUGCAUCACAAUAUUAUUUACUAAAACUAUUUACUUAUUGUUUUAUUUGUAUAUUUGUUACUUAGAACUAUGUAAUACAAUUGGACACUUUUUUAAAUAUUUAUCAAGCUUCAAACUGUCUUGUAUGGAUGUAUGAUUCAAGUGGCGACAAAGUCAUUGCUUUAAAAUUGACACUUAUCUUAAGUUGCCAAACUGAUAAUUCAUGAUGUCAGAUUUAAUGAGGAAUAGUUCUAUUUUAGCAAAUUGUCCUUUAAUUAUGAAAAUUUCCUUAGUCAUUCAUUCUGUGUCGCAAAAAGAUCUGUUUAGAGAGUUUUUUUGUUUAUUCCCUUUUUUUAUAUGAAUCUGUACUUAAAAUUUUUAUAAAUUUAUAUGUUUUGUAAAUAUUUGUAGAUAUAAGUUGAUAAGUAGUUGACAGUUUCUUAUUUAACUCUAUAGUUAGAUGAAUAU